UUUCUAAUCAAGACUUCUAACUGGUUGCUUUUAUUCACAGCUCAACACACGCACAACAGAAGAAUCUCCUUCAAAUUCAGAGUUGAGCGAGGAUGAAUAUAUACCAGAGACAGAGGAAGAAUCAGACUCUGAAUCAGACAAUAAAUGGAGUGAGUGUGUGUCAUCUCAGGCCCCCCGAAAUUUGAGCGAGGCAAAAUGGAACUGUCCACAACUUCUUCCCUUUGCUGACGAUGUGAAAAAAAUGCACCAGUAUCUUGACAGACAGAGUAAGGAAUACCAAGCAAAACUUGAAGAAGAACCAAGUAACAAGCACUGGGCAGAACUUGCAAAAGUGACACUCUGUCAGGUGAUACUAUUCAAUCGUAGAAGGGAAGGAGAGGUAUCCAAGAUGGCCCUUAAUGCUUUUAUAUUGAGGGAUACCUCAUCGACUCAUCCAGAUGUAGAGCUUGCUCUGUCAGACCUUGAGAAAAGACUUUGUAAGCACUUCCAGAGAAUCGAGAUAAGAGGCAAACGUGGACGAAAGGUCCCCAUUCUACUUACACCUGAAAUGAUGAAAUCAUUGGAGUUACUGGUGAACCAUCGCCGCGAGUGUGAUGUGCUUGAUGAGAAUGCAUAUGUGUUCGCGAGACCACAAGCCCUCAGCCACUUCAGAGGUUCAGAAGCUAUUCGUGAAAUUGCUCGAAGCUGUGGGGCUAAACAUCCAGAGGCAUUGUCCUCUACUAAACUGAGAAAGCACAUGGCCACCAUGUCCAAGGUCCUCAACUUGAAGGAUAAUGAAAUGGAUGACCUUGCUGACUUUUUAGGACAUGACAUCAGGGUGCAUCGGCAGUUCUACAGGCUACCUGAAGGUACCUUACAGCUGGCGAAAAUCAGCAAAGUUCUAAUGGCCAUGGAACGAGGUCAGAUAGUAGACUUCAAAGGAAAAAAUCUCGAUGAGAUCCAGAUUGAUCCAAAAGAGCUGGUACUGAUGGACAGUGAUGUAUCAGACUCUGAAAAUGAGAAAGCGAUGACUGGAAAUUAUCCUUCAAGUUCAGCAGGCAAGAACGAUAAAAAAGUGCAUCCGAUUGGCAAGGACUUGAGGAAACCACACGCAGCAAAGAAAUCUUCAAAAAACGCACGGAGAAAGUGGUCCACAGAAGAGAUCCAGGCUGUGGAAGAAACCCUAAUGAACUGCAUCAGGUCUGGAAAAGUUCCUGGAAAAGCCCAGUGCAUGGAGUGCAUUGAAAGGUCCCCAUCAGCACUUCAAGGGAGAAGUUGGAAAGGGGUGAAAUUUUAUGUUAAAAAUCGCAUUGAUUCCAUGAAGCGUAAAAUGUAAAACGAUAGAGCCUUUAUCAAGAUGUUUUUCCCAUGUUUGUGGAUAGGAUAGCAUUGGUUUGUUGAAAACUUAAAAUAAAAGGUAAAGGGCCUUUAUAGGGCUGGGUGAUAAUUUUAUGUUAAAAAUCACAUUGAUUCCAUGAAGCGUAAAAUGUAAAACGCUUGAGUCUUUAUCAAGAUGUUUUUCCCAUGUUUGUGGAUAGGAUCGCAUUGGUUUGUUGAAAACUUAAAAUAAAAGGUAAAGGGCCUUUAUAGGGCUGGGUGAUAUAUCACAUGUGAUUAUUUAUGCACAUCUCAUCAGUAAAGCAGUUUCCAUUAUUAGUAGUAAAUCGCUAUCACCUGCUUUCCAAAGAUUUUCUUUCAGAUGAAGCAGCAUUUACUACACAGAGACAUAGUUUACUGACAAACUAUGCAAUAUCACAUUAAUUAUUGUAGGUGAUACGUCCGUGAUAAUGAAUGUGAUAUUGCAUAGUCUCUGUGUAGUAAAUGCUGCUUCAUCUGAAAGCUUUACUGAUGAGAUAUGCAUGAUAAUCACAUGUGAUAUGUCACCAAGCCCUAGGCCUUUAUCAAGAUGUAUUUUUCCCAUGUUUGUUGUUGGGAUGUUAAAUCCCUUAAAUAAAGAAUACUGACUAAUCAAGAGAUCUAUUUUUGUGUACUGUUACAAGCUUAUUUAUAGAGAUGUAUUGCAAUAGAUUGUGCAACCCUGUUGAAUGCCAGGGAUGCAGUGUUUUAUUUUAGGAGUGGUCUCCAGUAUGGACAGAUCAUUUUUAUUUAGCAAAGGCCGUGAUACCCAUGGUGUAAUUUCCCCAUUGACAUUUCCUGUUUGUCAUACAACAUGUCUGUCUUAGUUAUCAAAGUUUGGACCUUUUCAGAUUGUCAAAAAGAAAAUUAGAUGUUAAACAGGAGUGAGGUAAGGCUUUUUUCACUGUUUACAUCCCUAGAAAUGGUCUUGAAAUGCAAAAGUUGAUGGUAAAUAGUGAAAUGUAAGAUAAAAUAAAAAAUGUAUUACAAUUUAAAUAGACAUAAUUCUCCCUUUAAAACAACUCUUUAAUGAUUGUCUAAACUUAAUCUUUAUUUUAGAUCAUAUACAGGUUUAUAAUUUUAUAAAAGUUAAAUUUCUAAUAGUGACAACUGGUGGUGGUUUGUGGUAAGGCACAAUAGCGAUGUCCCCACCAGAAUAGAAAAACCUGACAGAAAUUAAGCUUGCUAAACUUAAGAAUUUUUAAUAAUAAAUAUGUUUUUUGUUAAUAAAAAAUUCCCCCUGACACAUCUGACUUAAAAUUAUGGCUUUAUUGUAUUUAGAAAUUGCUGUCCCCACGUGUAACCUCCUAGUCAAGAGUCCCCACCAUGUAGCAUAAACAAGUAUGUGUGUGUGUGUGUGUGUGUGUGUGUGUGUGUGUG